AUGGAGGUCAAACCAGUCAAGGCUACAAAAUCCUUUGAUGUCGAGGGGCUUCCACUCAAAGUCACUGUGUCUACAAGUGGGAGGAUAGUCGUGAUGUUUGGAGGCCGUAGAGUCGGCAUCUAUGACAGUGAGGGUAUCUUCAUCAUGUAUUUCUUAACAUAUAUGAAAAAAAGACAGGGAGAGACGAUUAGCAUUUUCCCGCACGAUGUUACUUUUGGCAACCUCGACAACAACAACGACGUUUGGAUUGUGGGUGGGAAUAAGCUGUCCCACUAUAUCGCGCUGUUUGCCCUGAACAGAUUGUCCACUCGCGCCAUUGUGACAGAGACGGUCGAACAUCGCGGGGCGGUGAAAGUCUUCGGUUUACACGGGAUGCUCGAGCGAAGUUUUGGGAGGCGGCAGGGUUUGACGCACCCGACAGGCAUCACAGUGGACAGCGAGGACUCUAUCCUAGUGGCGGACUCCUCCACUGCCUACAUCUACGUGUAUCGCAACAAUGGACAGUUCCUGUUCAAAUUUGCAGGGAAGGGGACCAACAACGGCCAGUUGAGCCUCCCCCUUGACAUCUGUACGGACAGUUCUCGUCACAUCAUCGUGGCUGACUCCGGAAACAGGCGGGUGGAGCUGUUCACAAGCCGCGGGGAGUUUAUCCGCCACAUCGCUACCGAUGUCGAGCCUCUGAGCAUUGCCGUCGGUCCAGACGGACAGAUAGUCCUGACUGAAACGGUCAAACAUCGCGGGACGGUGAAAGUCUACGGGUUGAACGGGAUGCUUGAGCGAAGUUUUGGGAGGCGGCAGGGUUUGAUGCACCCGACAGGCAUCACAGUGGACAGCGAGGACUCUAUUCUAGUGUUGGACUACUCCACUGCCUACAUCUACGUGUAUCGCGACAAUGGACAGUUCAUGUUCAAGUUUGCAGGGAAGGGGACCAACAACGGCCGGUUGAGCCUCCCCCUUGACAUCUGUACGGACAGUUCUCGUCACAUCAUCGUGGCUGACUCGGGAAACAGGCGGGUGGAGAUGUUCACAAGCCGCGGGGAGUUUAUCCGGCACAUCGCUACUGAUGUCGAGCCUCUGAGCAUCGCCGUUGGUCCAGACGGACAGAUAGUCCUGGCUGAACCGUUGAAAAAGAAAGUGACUAUUUUGACAAACUAUUGA